UAGUUGAUGCUAAGUCUGGAACAUAAAGACAGGGAUUUUCUAACUAAUUGAGCCCUUCCGUGUUCUUCUCGCUCCAUGAAAUCCGAUUCCAUUCUCUCACCUACUUCCAAAACACAGAAAUCAAAUGUGUAAAGCAAAAAGUUUCCCCCUUUUUUAAUUUCAUUAGCUCACCUUUUUUCCUUUCGCAUCAAUCCAAUACAUCAAAACCCUUGAAGCAAUCAGAAUCUCCGAUCGAGUAUUAGCUUUUAGCUCAAACAACAAUCAGUAUCUCAAUAAUCAGUUCAGACGCCAUGGAUGAAUCUGAGUCAUACCCGUAUUACUCCUCCCCGCAACCCGGAAGAGGCGGCGGCGCCUCGACGCCGUCGUCGUCGUCCACCACGAGCGUCCACGUGACGGCGCUGGACGGGCUAGUGAACGUGAACUCCCUCUUCACCGUCGCGGUGUUCGUGGGGCUAUCCCUAGCGACUCCGGGGCAGAAAAGCCUGGAAGAGCGGUCCAAUUGCGACGCGGGGAUCGAUGUGGUGAAGAAACUCCUAGUUUUCGAGGUUGUGUCUUUCAGCUUUUUCCUGUUCUCUUCCCUGGUGGCUCAGGGGCUGAAAUUGGCGAUUAAUUUGCUGAACAGCAAGGAUGCGGAUGAGGCGUUUAGGGCGCAUGUGAACGCGAAGGUUCUGAGGCUUGGGAUGGUGGGGUCGGCGGUUGGGUCGGUGAUGGGGUGCCUGUUCUUGAUGCUUUCGAUGGUGAAUGUGAUUGAGAUCCGGCUGGGGAUGCUGUCUUGUGGGAGCAAAUCGGCUGUUCAUACUGUGGCGGUUUUGGUGAUUCUGGUUACCUCUGCUCUUCUUGUUUAUAUUUCAACUGUCAUUUAUGCUUUUCUGCACUGAACCAUUUGUUUCUGCAAUUCAUCAUUUGUAUGAGUAGUAGUUUUAGGUGUGUGUUGUUGUUGUCUCAUUUCAUACAUAUUUCGUAUGGCUUCAAGCUUCACAGCCCUAGCUUUUAAGUUGUAUUGAAUGUCACUGGAAAUACAACGAUCGAAUUCUUCAGUUUUUCAUUUUUGGAGACUUUAAAUGGGAGAAUUGUACUAGAAAAUGCGAAUUUUCGGUUUUCGUUUAUGGAUUUUGAAGGUUGUUUGCUGGAGAUUGGAAUGGAGGAUUUGGCAGCUAAGCUGUGUGCAGGGUGAUGUGAUUCCAUUUUGUACAUAGAGAUUCCUAGUACUAACCAGGAAUCUCCGGGUUGUUUUUUUAGUGUAGUGAUUUAUGUGCUAUUAUAUCAUAGUGAAAUUUAUUUAGUUCA